CUUUCUCGGGAGUGGGCGCACCUGUCCGCUUCUUGGAAGCUCACCGAACUCCGCCUUUGGAUCUCCUUUAUAGGUCUAUCUUGCGUUGAGUCAUGGCCUCUGCCGCCUUCCAAAUCUUAGGCAUGGCCCUAUCCGUAGUGGGCUGGAUUGGUGCGAUCGUCACAUGCGCCCUGCCCAUGUGGAAGGUCACAGCUUUCAUCGGGAGCAGCAUCGUGACGGCUCAGAUCACCUGGGAAGGGCUGUGGAUGGGCUGCGUGGUGCAGAGCACUGGUCAGAUGCAGUGUAAAGUCUACGACUCCAUGUUGGCUCUGCCUCAAGAUCUCCAAGCUGCCCGGGCCCUCAUGGUCAUCUCGGUGCUUUUGGCAGUCCUGGCCCUGCUCAUUGGCAUCGUGGGAGCCAAAUGCACCAACUGUGUGGAGGAUGAGAACGCCAAGGCACGAAUCAUUAUCGUCUCGGGUGCCACCUUUGUGGUUGCAGGAGUCUUGUGCCUGAUCCCGGUGUGCUGGUCAGCCAACACCAUCAUCCGUGACUUCUACAACCCAAUGGUGACAGAGGCUCAGAAGAGAGAGCUAGGGGCUUCCCUGUACCUUGGUUGGGCAGCCGCUGCCUUGAUGACCCUCGGAGGGGGCUUGCUCUGCUGCAAUUGUCCCAAGAAGGACACCAACAACUACAGUGCCCGCUACACGGCGGCUGCCUCACAACCCCGCAGCGAUUAUCCCAGCAAGAACUACGUCUAGAAGCCACGCGUCUGAAAAGCCACCAUCUCUCUGAAAGCUCAGUGCUGUUGGGUAGGACCGAAUGACACCCGUUAUAGGACACCGCACAACUCAAUGCCCCUGAAUUGAAAGCAGAGUAUCUUGUUCCGAGAUUUCCAUCCUGUUUGGCCCAUCAGUAUUUCAUUUUUCUCCGUGGGUACCACCUCCUCGUACCAACUGCCUCUUGAAAUGCAGAACUCUUCUGGAGAACUUCUUGGACUUACAAUCAGUGUCCUCUUUCCACGUAGCCGGUGUUUUGCAUCUCAAAUAGUUUGUGAGAAAAGUGUGUGUGUCUGUGUUCUUUGGAUGCUCGGCUUGGGGUGCUCAACAAGAGACUGACUUCCGGCCAUGCCCUGUAGAGCAGGGCAUGACUUCCACAGGAUCUCAGUUCGGAGUGAGAAAAUGCGCCAAGCCUCGCAAUUAAAGCUGUGAUGUGUUGUUGUUUUUUAAUAUUGCUUUUAAGUAAGGGUCUGUGUGGCCUCUUGUCGCUAGUCUGUCGAUUAACCUUGCAUGCAUUUCAUAUUGGAAGUCAGUUUUUUUUAAGUGUGUCUGAAUAACAUUGCAAGCGUGUGUGUGUUUUUACUAUGUCUGAAUAAAACUGCAGGUUUUUGUAAA